AUGUUUCGUACUGCUUUUCUGGGAGCAAGACUCUCAUCGCGUGUGACAUCCACGAGAGCAGCUGGUGUUGCUUCAUGUCGUCGAUACAUGUCUUCUGAACCAGGCUCUGCUACUUCAGCCAUGUCUUUUAAGAAGCAUUUACGUCAACGUCGAUUUGGACCCGUACCAGCAUUCCCAGAGCCAUCGGUCGAGGAAGCUGUCAGUAACAUUUUGUACAACACCCCACCUCCAAGUUCGGCACCAGAAACCCGACACAUCCUCAAUUGUCUUGUGCAAAACGAACCUGGUGUUCUUAGCCGCGUCUCUGGUAUCCUUGCUGCACGUGGCUUCAACAUCCAAUCUUUGGUGGUUGCCAAUACUGAAGUCCCCGAUCUUUCUCGCAUGACCAUUGUCUUUAAUGGCCGCAACGUCCCUAUUGAACAAGCACGUCGUCAACUCGAGGAUUUGGUACCCGUGUGGGCCGUGUUGGAUUAUACCAGAACCAAGGUGAUUGAACGUGAGUUGUUGCUUAUCAAGGUCUCCAUUCUUGGCCCCGAGCACUUGCAUGAACAACUUCCCACCGCCAAGUUUGAUGAUGAUGCUGAAUUCGAAGAUGAAAACUUGAACCGUACUUAUGAUGAGGAUUCGACAUCAUCCAAUUCAUUGCGAGAAACCUUUUCCCACUUGCGUGCUUUGACAGAGCUUACUCGAUUGUUUGAUGGCAAAGUUGUUGACGUAUCCUCAGAUUCCAUUGUUGUUGAAUUGGCUGCCAAACCAAGUCGUAUCUCGUCUUUCAUGAAGCUACUCAAGCCAUUUGGUAUUUUGGAAGCAUCAAGAACAGGUGUCAUGGCAAUGCCUCGUUCCCCAGUCCACGAUCAUUAUGAAGCACAAACAGAUCAUUCUUACGAAACGGAAGCUGUCGAUGCUACCACCCUCCCCCCUGGAUAA